GCCAAAUGCCCUCUGCAAAUUGAGAGAGAGAGAGAGAGAGAGAGAGAGAUGGGUGAUUCGAGCGACUCUGUAUCAGUGGAUAUGGAGGGGAUCUCUUUCGGCGGAAGGGAGCACCGUAUAGAAACUUCUCUUGGUUCUGUGUCUGUUGCUGUGUAUGGAGACCCGGACAAGCCAGCUCUUGUCACUUAUCCAGAUUUAGGUCUAAAUCAUGUGUCCUGCUUUCAAGGAUUAUUCUUUUGUCCAGAAGCAUGUUCCUUGCUGCUCCACAAUUUUUGCAUAUAUCAUAUUAGUCCUCCAGGGCAUGAGUUGGGAGCUGCUGAAAUCAGCCCCGAAAAGCCUUUGCUUUCCGCUGAUGAUUUAGCAGAUCAGAUUGUCGAGGUUCUCGAUUUCUUUGGACUUGGUGCUGUGAUGUGUAUGGGGGUUACAGCAGGAGCUUAUGUCCUGACCCUAUUUGCUAUGAAAUACAGACAACGUGUUCUUGGAUUGAUACUCAUCUCUCCUCUAUGCAAAGCCCCCUCUUGGACGGAAUGGUUGUAUAAUAAGGUGAUGUCAAACUUGCUCUAUUUUUAUGGCAUGUGUGGUGUGGUGACUGAGCUAUUGCUUAAGAGGUACUUCAGCAAGGAAGUUCAUGGCAGUGCUCAAAUAUCAGAGUCAGAUAUAGUUCAGACAUGUAGAAGAUCUUUGGAGGAGAGGCAGAGUUCAAAUGUUUGGCGGUUUCUGGAAGCAAUCAAUGGGAGACCUGACAUUACAGAGGGAUUGAGAAAACUACAAUGCCGUUCUCUAAUUUUUGUUGGGGAUAACUCUCCAUUUCACUCAGAGGCUCUCCACAUGACUUCCAAUCUAGAUAGGCGAUACAGUGCAUUAGUUGAGGUUCAGACAUGUGGGUCGAUGGUAACAGAGGAGCAGCCUCAUGCCAUGUUGAUACCAUUGGAGUACUUCCUUAUGGGAUACGGCUUGUAUAGACCAUCUCAAUCAAGUGUCAGCCCAAGGAGCCCCUUGAGUCCGUCUUGCAUUGCUCCGGAGCUUCUUUCACCUGAAAGUAUGGGCCUGAAGUUGAAACCUAUAAAAACACGAAUUUCUCUGCAAGUAUGAAAUUAGAAAGAUCAAAAGGAGUGGAAGAAAUAAUUUUUUGUAGUCUAUUAUAUCAUAGGGGUUUGCAUUUUCUCUUUUUGUUAUUUGGGGUUGAUAAGUGAGAGGGUAACCAUGUUGUUGUAUAGAUAGAGGUCAAGAAAAGGAAAGAUGUACUGUGGAGGGGUGGGGAUAGAAAGGAAGCAUAUAUUUUCAUUCUUUUAGCCAUCACUGUUAUAAGUUGAGGUGGGCUGAGCUAUAAGCUAAGCUGUCUGUAAAUCCUCAAAUAAUUCUUCAUCAACGAGACAAACGAAUGAUAAUAAUCACAAUAAUAAGCCUUGGAUAUGGUGGCUAUGCUUUUCUGAUGUU